AUGUUAGCUGAUGUCCUCAAACUCUACAUGGUUGCCAGCAAAAAUGCUGUUUUCUUUCACCACUCGAUUUCCCGUCUUGCCGACCUUGGAAUAAGCUUACCGGCUCCAGAGCUUGAUGACCGGGUAGUCGAGAUUCCCUUGAGGUUCCGAGUUGCUGAAGGCUGGGUGUGGAAGGACGAUAUAGACUACAGAGGCACAGCUCGAAAGAGUAGCACCAUUGUUUUGGACAAACUCGACUCUACCAACCAAACAGAUGACGAGUUACCCCCGUCAGUUGCACAAGACACUGGGCUGGAUUACGGGCAGGGAAGGUAUCUUGAACUGGAAGGUGUGGAAGAUUACAUAUUGUGGCAAAAAGGAUAUCUGGAGCCCACGAAAAAACAAGUGAACAGAAAAAUCCGAAGCUGCAAGAAGGAAAUCCAAAAUGUUCUCUUUCUCAAGACGCACUACACCGGAAGUGACGUCGUCGCUAAUAUCCUCAGUCGUUUUGCUGAUCUACGUGGCCUGCGCAUUGCUCUUCCCAGCGGAGGCCUGUCGACGUUUUAUUGGCCUUCAAGAUUCCACUGGAAAUAUGUGGAUAUCAUGUUACUGGACGGCACUCUUCCCAAUAUACUUUGCAAUCACGCUCGAUUUAAUGGUGAAGUUAUGGACGAGAUUAUGCAGCCCCAAACCGCAUUCAUCACCAUAUUACGCGAUCCAAUGUCACAUUUUGAAGUAACGUUUCGAAACUUAAACUUCGCGGAAAUUUUAGAAAUGGAGGACCUUGGGCAACCCUAUUUGACGUUCUUGGAAAAUCCUGGAAAAUACAUCGGUAGGGCAAUACAGCGGAAGAGGUUUAAGGAUUCUCUCAACCUUAUCAAGAAUGGAAUGUUCUUUGAUCUUGGUCUGCGAACAACAGAUUAUCACAAGACAGAGGUGGUACGUGACGCCAUUUUGGAUAUUGACGAUAAGUUCACCCUGGUGCUAAUUUAUGAAUAUUUGGACGAGUCGCUGGUUUUGAUGAAAAGAAAACUGUGCUGGGAACUCGAUGAUGUGUUAUAUUUAAAGUUUCAUUAUCAACUCCACGGUGAAAACACACUUCACAAUAUCAAUAGCAACAUCACAGAACAAAUUUACCGCUGGAACAAAGCGGACGCCAUGUUGUAUCAAUACUUCAACAAAACGCUUUGGAAUGAAAUUUACUUCGAAGGAAAAGGUUUCGUGGAGGAACUUCGUGAGUUUAGAACUAAACACGAAGAAAUGGAAAGAGAUUGUUUGGGACUGCAACUGAAUUUGGAGAAAAUUGCGCUAAAUGCAAAUGUUACAUCAUUAAAUCGAUACUUUUGUCAAAAAAUGCUUUUUGGAGAGAUUGAGUAUGUGCACUACUUUCGACGAAAGAUGGAAAAUAACAAAAGGAAGACUCUCACGAACGGCAUUGCCGGCUCGGGGAAUGGGACGAGGAUAUUUUCGGAGCAUGCACAUGAAAGGAUUGGAGAAAAGACAAGUUUACUCACAAAUGAGACAGAUGCAAGUUCAGUUUCAAGUCGUUGACCAAGGACCGGGAACCAAAUUAAAAUGCUCUGUUAUUACGAGGCAUCUUUCGUUUUCCGAGCCCUUCCCGAAUGGGAAAAAGUGAAUCCGAGUCUUUAUGACGUACAACAAUUUAACGUAUAACGUAUUUUUAACAAUCAGGCCUCUAAAAUAAACGAGUUAUACGUUCAGAACCAUAUGAAAAGGUCGGGGAUCCUCGUCGCCUCGCUU